AUGGGUGUCAGUCGGAUCGAGCACAGAGGUAAGCAUGCCGCUCGCCCUCAGAGCGCGCGCGAAUGCCGGGCGUACAGGGAAGCAUCCAUUGCCCGGCCACUAACGCGUACCCAUUCGCUGUCAAGUAGAGCGGCGUGGAAGGAUGGGUUUGAGGGCGACCGGUAUGUGCCGGUGGGGUCGAGCUUUUGGCAGAGAUUCAAGAGCGGCGCUUCUGGAUCUUCGAUGCUAACUUCUUUGAACCGUGAGAUGGACGACGGGCUGUUUUACGAAGAUGGCGCGUCAUCACCGGACUCGACGGGCUGUUCGUCCGUUGGGUCCAAGGUAAGUCUUCCCACAGCACAUUCGCGCUGUUCCGUUGAUGAUAUCGACGAUUACCUUGAGCUGCUGUACGGCCAUAGCAGACUUCAGGACAAGCUGUCCUCGGUACUUCAGGAACAAGAAGUCAUAGCUGACUACCAUAGGCGUCAAUACCAUUGGGGAGAGGAGUGUGCGCGCCAGUUCGAUAUGACGCAGCCCUAUGUCCUGGAUAUGCUGCGCUAUAUGUAUGAGCGCUUCAACGCCGUCUCUUUCUAUAGCAUUGGGAUGAUCGAGCCGGGAAUGAUCGUCUAUUAUCUCGAACCCUACACACUGGGCCUCGAUCAAAAUAAUCAGGGAUGCGGGACGGCAACGGUGGGGGGGACUCGCUUCGAAGCGAGGGUCCAUUUGAAGGGGAGGUUCGCAAUCGUCGUGGAAAAGUAUGCCCAGCACCUGAAGGUCGCGGAAAUCCUCACCUUUGGGCACAAGGGUCUCCAAUCAAAGCCGCCAAAGGUCUGGCCGGAAUACGUUGGCCUCCGCGCGGUGGAGCAUAAGAACUGGAGCAAUCCCUCUCCCAACAAGGCCUUGGAAGUAGGUUAUUCGUGCUGCGAGAUUCUCCCCCAGAGUUCCGCGCAUCUGGUGACAGACAAGGUCGCGCUGAGCAACCAGAUCCUCUGCGCUGGGUAUGUUACGCACGACUCUCUUCACCGACUUCGGGCAUUGAUCAGGAAGACAGAGGGCCGCAUGUAUCAAUGA